CGGGUGUAGCGAUCCCGAGGUAUCCGAGCAUUUUAGGGGCCCAGUGGGAUAAGAGAUAAAAGCCAGAGGCAAAGAAAUGUAGUUAUCGUAAGAAAUUAAAGAUAUACAAGACUGUAUAACUUCUAGCUACAGAAGCUCGAAGUCGAGGAGGGAUGCAAAGUAAAAUAUUGUAACGUAAAAACUGUGAUGUAUCGAAGAGCGUUGUAACCAGAGUUAUGUUCUCCGCGCUGCGAUAAAAAAAAGAAGCAUGGAAUCGAGCGACAUCGGUGUUCGGCGGCCGCAGUCGACGUUUGGCGAAGGGCGCGAUAAGAUGGUCGGUAAGGUCGCGGAGCAGGGCGCGUGUACCUACGGAGAAGUCGCAAAGGACAAAGCCAGAAUCGAAGAGGGGGAAAAGAGGAGAGAGAGAGAGUGUCGGGCAGGAAGGGUGGCAGCAAGCUCGACGAUGAAGGUGGGCCGUUCCGAGCACGGGUGGCCAUGAAACGCCGAUAGACGAGGCGGGCGCGGUGGUCCUCCGCAGGGAGCCGGGGUUCAGCGGCGCGAUAGGCGGACGCGUUCCAGGAGGUACGCGGGAGAGCUCGCCAACGGUGUAGCGACGGUGGUGCAGCGAAUGAAAGCGUCGAAGGUCUGCUAUUGGCCGAGCUCGUCCAAUGGCAGGAUGGUUAGGUCUGGCCAGGGUCUGGCUGGGGGUCGGUUAGGUAGCCCCGCGAUCCCCUCUAGUCGACCGAGUGGGAGCCCUUCUCUCACACGCAAAAGGGGACAUCUCAUCACGACUCUUGGUAGCAGGCACUUCUCCGUAGUGGGCACUCCACUCAUCGUGUCGUCGUACGGGUUCUCCGCGAGAGGCUGUGGGGCCCGAGCCCGGACGAGCGAGCGAGCGAGCGAGCGAGCGCGACCGGCCGAGCCGCUGGUCGAGUGGGUCUAAGCGGCCGUGAGGACCUCUCCAGGAGUACCCGACAGUCCUCUCCAUUCAUUCAUCCAUCCAUCCAUCCAUCCAUCCAUCCAUCUAUCCAGCCAGCGAGCCAGUCAGCCAGCCAUCCAUAGACGCGCUCUCCUCUCCUACGAAGAGAGAGUGUAUCCUCGACGAAGGUGGAGGCGAACCCGUAGAGUGGUACAUCUACCAUCGUCUCUCUAUCGGCAGAGUCCAAGGACUCGAAGACCCCCCGGGUGAUUUCAGUCGGCCGCCGGCCGGCUCUGGCCGGCCACUAUCCUCGACCACGUGUGUGCCAUCGUUCUUCCCAUCGUGUCGUGUCAGUUUCGGUGUCGUGACGUGACGUGUGAUCUACCUGCCGGGCGGAAGCCUCCUUCGUCCUCCGAGGGUCGAGCGACUGCUCGUCCGGUGCGCGCGAGACCCUUCGCCAAGGAGACUCGUCGCUGCCACCACGCGGCGGACGCACAUCGAACCGUGCUCUCCUCUCCGUUCUUACCUUCGCGAACGGUGAUCUUAGAAGCCGUGGGACGCUCGCUUGGUUGUCCUUGACCAUCGACCAGGAGGUGUGCUCCAGCCCUCUCGCGCGUCGAGUGUCGAGCAAGUGCCCUCUUCGAACGGAGAAAUGCGCCGGACGACGCGGUGUCGUCGCUGGACGCGUCCAGCACCGGGUAUAGAGAAGAUGGACGCUACUCGCGAACUUUAUCGUAUCGGUUGACUCCCAGUGAUAUCCAAAGAAUCCAACGGGAACCAGUGAUAUAUCGUGCAGUUAGAGGAUUAUUCGGUGUGAAUGAUCAAAGUGCGACUGUGAACCCUCCGAACCGUGCAAAGUGAUCGGUUAACGCGAGACUUUGGUAUCCCUGAUCAAAUAAAAAAAAAAAAAAAAAAAAAAGAAAGGAAAGAAAGGAAGGAAUUGAUUCCACGGAUCAGUCUGACGGACGCCGCGUCCGAGAUAUUCGAAACAACGUCGAGGUCCGCGCGUCUGGCAGCGGUGGCAGGUUCGUCAUGUCGUUUUCUCGCGGUUAGCGCCGGCCUCAGGAUUCCGCGAAGCGCGAGCUUCAAGUACUUCGACGGCGCUGGCCUUGCCGAGAUGAGCGGUGGCAACGGCGGCGGCGGAGGCGGCGGAAACAACGCCGGGAACCAAGGAAACGGUAAUGCCACCAGCUACCACCAGCAUCAACAGCAACAGCAACAGCAACAACAACAACAACAACAACAACAACACACUCAGCUGGAGCAGGCAAGCUUGCUGCCGGACGAUCUAAACGGUAUUGACCUGGCGGUGAACCUGUCGCCCAAACAGCACUCGUCCCACGUACAAGCGGCUGGCGGCGCUCAUACUAUACCGUUCAGUGUCAACAGCAUCCUGUCCCCGAACGACGAAUCGUACAGGAAGCUCGGCCAGGAAAUCGGCGUCGGCGUGGUCACGCAUCCUCAGGUCUCGCCUUACGGGAACGCGUGCGGCGCCCGAGUGGGCGGCAAUACCGGUAGCUUGAGUGCGAGCAGCGGCAGUCCACCGCUUCACGGAGGCUCGACGCCCGGUGGCGGCACUCCCGGACCGGUUUCCGGUGCCAACGACGCCGCCGGCCCCGGCAUGACCGCCAUGGGGAAUCCUUACGCUACCAUGCAGCUCACCUCUCAGUAUCAGUAUUGCGCCGCGGAGCUGUCCCCUUAUCACCACGCGGGAUCAGGGGUCGCGGGAGGUGCCACCGCCACCGAUCCCAUGAGGUCUCAUCAUCCCUGGUACGCGCCCGCCCCGCCGGCCACCAACGACCCCCGCUUUGCCAUCGCUUGUUCGUCUCCGCCCUCGGAUGAAAACAACCAGUGGUGCAUUGACGCUGCUUUAGAAGCUGAAUACCUCGUCUCGCGGCUGAUGGGCGCCGCGGCGGCGGGCGCCGGGUCCAACAUGGCCGGGUGCUCGGUGGGCCAGUCGAUGGGCGACGUGACCAAGUCCUCGGGAAUGGGAAUGGGCGUCGGCGUCGGCGUCGGUGUCAGCAUGGGCGUCGGCGGGAUGCAGUUUCCCCACCUAACCCAAAGACGAAAGCGUCGCGUUCUCUUCACCCAGCAGCAGGUUCACGAGCUCGAGAGGCGGUUCAAACAGCAGAAAUAUCUGAGCGCCCCGGAACGGGAACACCUGGCGUCCCUGAUCAAUCUCACGCCCACACAGGUGAAAAUAUGGUUUCAAAAUCAUCGAUACAAGUGCAAGAGGCAAGCCAAGGAGAAGGCGAUGGCGGAACAGAACGCUCAGAACCAGAGCGUGAGUUCGCCGCGUCGAGUGGCGGUGCCGGUGCUGGUGAAGGACGGCAAGCCUUGCGGAAGCGGCGGCGGUGGCGGGAACGAAGGUAGCCGCGGAGGUCCUAGCGCGGCGUUGGCGAGUCCUGCCCCGCACAUGACGGCGGCGUCGAGCCCUCACGGGUCCCAUCACGCCGCCUCCUCGGUGUCCCAUCACUCCGUGGUCGGCGUGAGCCACGUGAUGACGUCCAGCCAGAGCCUCCAGCACUGCUCGUACACGAGGACAGGGGCGCAGCAGAGCAUGCAGCAGCAACAGCAGCCGCAGUGCGGCGCGUACCUGCCGUUCCAAGGUCGGGCCUGGUAGUACAUGCCAUCGACGGUGGGGACGAACCCCUCCGUCGCUGGUCCAGCUGCCUGGUACCCCAUAGAGGACAGCCCCUAGAAAGAGUACCGCGAACGGACUCCGCUAGGAGCAACGGAGGAGUAACGGAGCCCACUGUCCUUUCGACGGAGGAACGCGGGUGUGCUCGACGUCCGCACCGCUGGAGACCGUCCCUCCUCGGCGACGAACUGUAGUGGACGAUUACGGUGUGAAUUGUACCCCCCAUAGAGGGGGCGCGGAACCUCGAGGAGAGGAAUUAUCCUCGAGAGGAGAACGAGGAAUCGCUAGAAGGCGAUAGGGACAUCCGUUAGAGUCUCGAGGGCCCUGCGCGGACUUGGUGCGCGUUAGACCGCGGGACGGUUACUCGAGGACAGUGAUUAUAGCGCGCGAGUCUCUCGCGUGGAUUCGAAUCGCUUCGGGCAUCGGUCGAACGCGAUCGCCUCUGUGUAAAGUACUUAUAUCGUUCGAGCCGGUCCCUUCGAGAAGGGACGCGACUUUUAGGUGUUCGAUGCCAACCGAGGAUUUAUUAAUACACCGCGAGAGGUGCCUCGAGCUUCUUCAGGCUUCGAUUCUUGCUAGGGGCGAUUCGAAUCUCGCGAUCGGAGAUACAUCACCUUAAAAGGUGAUCGAAACCUUUGUAUACGGCGUGUAAGACUCGUUUGCAACGAAACGAAUAAUCCAUCGCUAUAGUAAAGUCUCCAUAACUACGCAAGCUCGGGACCGACCUAGUGCAGUUAUCGCAGAGUUCGUGUAUUCUCCGAUGUUUGCCGACGAGCUUCGAACGUAGAGAAGGACAGCGAAUAAAGAAGAGGACGUAGCGAAAAUGCAGAGCAUGUCGAACUCUACGAUCUUCCAAGAGGUAUACCCCACAGCGGUGGGGCUUGUUUCUGCGCAUUUAUCGUAGACAGAUUUGUGGAGUUACGGAGACAUUACUGUAUAGUUCGUCGUUCGCGACGCUUCGUUUCCGACGCCAGCCAGGAGUCGUCCGGGCUCCCUGAUUCGUCGUGACUCUCGCUGGUUCGCGUGGCGGCGAUCGAUCGCGAGUUUGCGAACCUUGAGCGCGAAUGCAAGGGACGAUUCUCGAUAGGAUAAGCUAGACUCGGAGGCUGCACGACUCGAAAGCGAGGAGAUCGGAGUUCUUAAUUCUUCAGGAAGCGACCGAGUCGAUUCCGAGAUAUCCUCGGGUCAAACUCAGAUAUCCUGCCUUUAAAUACCUAUCAAAGAUAGAUCCUAGGAUCUCUUUGGAUCUCGAGAUAUUUUCAGAGCAAGGCAGCCUCUAUCUAAAAAUCAAAAGAAAGAUUAUUAUUCUAGGAUUCUAGGAUCUUUCUUGACCCCAAAAUAUCUUCAGAUCAAGCUGAGAUAUCCUACCUUUAUUAACGUAUCAAACAUCGUUCUAGGAUCUCUCUCGAUCCUAAGAUAUUCUCUGGUCGAGCUCAGGUAUCUUUCUUCCAGAGAUCUAUCGAAGAUCAUUCCUAGGAUCUCCAAGAUCUCAGCUCGCGUCCUCCUCGAAGAAUUAAGGGCACCUCUCCGCGAGCUAAUCGGUAACAAAAUGGAGCGAUAGAGCUCGCUACGCGUACACAGAUUCUCUGUGCUGGGAACUGGCGUGGGUGGAGGUGCAACGAAACGUCAAAGCGGAUUGCAGGCGCGCGAAUAAUCUGUCCGCGCCACUCGAAACGCGCCGAUUUCAAUUGCGAGAAACCGUACACCGGCGUGUUCGAUCGCGUGACUCGGUUUCACCAAAAGCGUCACCCGAUCCUGAGCGACAGUGUUGCGAGCCGCUGCAACAAUGCCUUCCGUCGAGGACUAUCACCCUCUGGGAUUUGAAUUUUAGGCGAACCGGGGAACCUGUUGGCGUUUACGUCCGUCGGGGGCUAACAUGGACCGUACGUGAUUCGAUUCGAGAAACGGGGAGAUAGAAAUCAGAGAAGCUAAGGAUCUCGUAGGAUAUUGACUUCUAGGAUCUUGAAUUCUAGGAUACUAAAUACUAGGAUCUUGACUCCUUGAACUUUGACUUGUAGAGUCUUGACUUCUAGGCUCCUAAUUCCGGGAUCUUGACUUCUAGAAUUUUCACUCCUAAAAGUUUCGAAUCCUAGAGUUUUGACUUCUAGAGUCUUGACUCCUACGGUCUUGACUCCUACAGUCUUGACUUCUAGCCUCCUAACUCCAGGAUCUUGACUUCUAGAAUUUUGACUCCUAAAAGUUUCGAAUCCUAGAGUUUUGACUUCUAGAGUCUUGACUCCUACGGUCUUGACUCCUAGAGUCUUGACUUCUAGCCUCCUAAUUCCAGGAUCUUGACUUCUAGAAUUUUCACUCCUAAAAGUUUCGAAUCCUAGAGUUUUGACUUCUAGAGUCUCGACUCCUACGGUCUUGACUCCUAGAGUCUUGACUUCUAGCCUCCUAACUCCCAAGAUCUUGACUCCUAGAAUCUUGACUCCUACAGUCUUGCCACCUAGACUCCUAGCUCCUAGAAUAGGAAUGCCACAACCAUUUUGAAAUCUGACUCGGAAUAGAUUCUCCAACCCUGAUCGAUCGAGGCACUUAAGGAUAGAGAAGGGUAUCCUCUAUAAUUACGAACGUCGAGAUUAAAGUAUUCCCCACCGAGUUUGGUGGUUCAUCCUCGUUAGUGGAACUUCCAGGGGUCAGGUCCUCGUUACGUGUUCCGGAAACUCGAUGGAAGAAACGCGAGUUUAGACUGCUCGGAGUUAGCCCCCGAUUGGUUACGCGAUUUAAAACCCUGGAUCGUCCAGCCAUGUUAAUGCUCGAUGCUUGCGCGAUGCUUGGGCGACUUUCGAUACCCUAACGCCGAAAUAUUCUCGAGCAUCGGCUUGGACUAAUCAUUCAGAGAGCUAGUCCAAGGAAACUGCCUGCGAGCAGAUACUCGGGAUUUGUCUCAGUACAGGUGGAGUACCGUGAUAAUGGUUCUUUUGAAUCAGAGGAAGUAGAGGAGCUUUAUUAUCUAGUUGAUGAGUAAGUUUAUUAGGACAGAAAUUAAAAUAAAGUUUCUUCAAGGGUCGAGUGAGACUCUAACAAGAUUAAUUGCGAAAUACCAGGGGCUAUUUGACCCCUGAAGAAGCUACCCAAAGGAUGUUCAAAACGGCUUCAAGCCUCAGUUAAUAUCAAUUACAGGGACUUGUCAUGUGUAUUUUGCUUUCGAUCUUGGUACAACUCAAAUCUAUCGUUGAGCUUCCUUUACUCGUUGAUCUAGUCAAUCGUACUAUGCUUUUAACCGACCUCGAAAAGGAGGAGGUUACUCGAUUCGACAUGUAUAUUUCAUUUUUUCUGACGAAGAUAGAGGCCUCUGGUCGGACCCCAUUCUCAGGAUACUCCACACGUGUUAAUUUAUCGAAGGCCUUAACUCUGCGCACACCCAAGUGUUCCAUCUGUGCCUGCAAGAACUGCCAUAUAUAUAUCGGACCACACGAACAGCCACGAGCAGACGAUAACUGCGACUUUGCGCAUUCGGUGGAAGAACCAACGGGGAAUACUAGGGAAGCCUAGGUCGCAAGUACUGCUACUCGACGUGCACUAUCCAAAGUUGAUUUUGAUUUCUGGAAUUUUUACUUUUAGGAUCCUGAGUCACAGGAUUUUCAUUCUUGGGAUUCUGAGUCUUGGGAUCUUGACUCUUAGGAUCUUGAUACGCAGAGUCUUGAUCUCUAGGCUUCUAAAUUCCAGGAUUUUUACUUCUAGGCCCCUAAAUUCUAGGAUCUUGACUUCUAGAGUUUUGAUUUCUAGAGUUUUGAUUUCUAGAGUUUUGAAUUCUGGAGUUUUGACUUCUAGAGUCUUGACUCAAAGGAUCUUGACUCCUAGAGUUUUGAUUCCUAGGCUCCUAACUCUUAGGAUUUUCAUUCCUAGGAUCUUGACUCCUGGAAUCUUGACUCCUAGAAUCUUGACUCCUAGAAUCUUGACUUCUAGAAUCUUGACUUCUAGAGUCUUGAUUCCUAGGCUCCUAACUUCUAGGAUCUUGACUCCUAGAAUCUUGACUUCUAGAGUCUUGAUUCCUAGGCUCCUAACUUCUAGGAUC